GCGGGACGGGACGGGAGUGAUCGGGUCGGGACGGGACGGAACGGGACGCGUCGGUACCGGACGGCGGUCUGCCGUUAUGACGGGCUCCGGUCCGAAGCUCGGGGUUCUGCUGCUGGUGGCGGUGCUGCUGCAGACUGUGGUCGUCACCAUCACCGUGCUGCACUUCACCACGGCUCUCAACUCGAUGAAGGAGACGUUCGCCAGGAGCAGCGUUUCCUGUCUGACCGGCAGCGACCUGCGCAGCGUCCCGGCCGUGAGAGGGGAUCCAUGCUGGCAGGUCACCCAGCAGCUGCACCUGCUCAUCGAGAAGUCUCUGUCGCAGCGUUACCACCGGGAAAUCUCCUCAGCUGUCAGAGAUGAAGUGUCCCGGGUGCUGCCCUCACUGGUGAUGGAGGACCGGGCUUCACCUCGCCCCAAAGUGGCCGCUCACGUCACCGGCAGCUUCGUGCCCAAAGUGGAGCGAGAGGGAGGAGUGUCUCCCGGGCGGCGGGUGCAGGGCCAGAAGAUCUCGUGGUGGGAGGGGCAGAAGGGGCUGGCCUUCCUGCAGGACGUCCAGCUGGUGGAUGGGGAGCUGGUGGUGCCGCAGCCGGGCCUGUACUACGUCUACGCCCAGACCUACUUCAGACACAGCCACGCCCUGCAGGAGGAGGGCGAGGAGGCCGAGGAGGACGACGAGCGGGGGAAGCCCCUGCUGCAGUACGUCUACAAGAAGGUGACCACCUACCCGGUUCCCAUCCUGCUGAUGAAGACGAGCCGGACCUCCUGCUGGUCCCGGGGCUCCCAGUUCUCCCUGCACUCCGCCCACCAGGGGGGGCUGUUCCCCCUCAGCACCGGGGACCGGCUGUUCGUCACCGUCAGCAACGCGUCGGCCGUGGACAUGGACGAGAAGAGCAGCUUCUUCGGGGCCUUCCUCAUCAGCUAGAGGACGGCCUGCGCAGCCUCUGACCACCUGG